GCUAUUCAAACUGUCAGCCACUAAAAGGAUAAGAGAAAUGAGCUAUUCAAACUGUCGGCCACUAUUCCUAACAAUCAAGGCCUAACCUCCACAAAAAAUGACCACAGAAACGAAAAUAAUUGUUUACAACACUAAUUUAACCAGGGUUAAAAAUGUUUAUUAAUUAUUUUAAUUGAAAAGCAUUGAAGUAAAGAUAUUGAUUUUAACUAUGGGCAUUACAGUUGGUUAGCAAACAAAAGAACUUCUUUCCGCCCUACAGGACAAAUAGUAGAGAAACCUUGCUUGACAAUGAAACAUCAUUACAAACACAUUUAUAAUUUUAUGUACUUCUUCUUUAUAUUACUCUUUAUUUUGAUAGGCAGCUUUUCUGUCUCCAAGUUUUUGGAGAAAAAAACUUUAAUGAUAAGCACCUUUGAAGAGGCAGCUUUAGUUGAUUUCCCCUCUGUAACAUUCUGCAAGAAAUACAUCUUUAACAAUCCCAACCCUGCCUUCCUUGAUGAGAUGGAGAUGAAAUCACCAAUCUUUGACAAGAGCUGGGUAAUCAACAAUACUUUAGGCAGGGAAACACUGUUCACCUUUAUUAACCACAAGAGCAAGAGGAAUGAAUCAAACUUUGACUGUAACACAAUUGAUGGAAGUACACUGUCAGGCCAGCCAUGCAUUUUCCCCUUUCUCAGAAGAGACUGUAGGCUAAGUGAUCCAGUGAGUCCAACAAGAAGCUUCUACUGUGACUCAUUUGACCAAACUAAUUUACAAGAGCUUCACUACAACUGUACAUAUGUUGAUGAUGUCCGACCUUGGUGUGCUACUCGAGUAUUUAAAAAUAGUUCAAUCGUUCCCUCUUAUUACGGAUAUUGCUCUCCAGACUGUGAUGGCUCUUUACCUAGAUCAGAAAGCUCAAAAAACCUGGCCAGCCCAUUAUUUGCCCACCUUUGGCAGCAAAGGAUGUUUGACUUGGAUCCAUGGAAAUCUGGACAUUGCCAUACCUACACCUCAACUGAUCAUUUUACAACUGGGAAACAAGGGAACUUGUAUGCUUUUCUGGGAGAUGGAAUGGAGACGAGUAGACUAUCCUUGAGAGGAUAUUAUAUCUACAUUCAUUCAGCCAAGCAUUUUUGGCCAGCCAACAGUAUGAUUGUAAAUGGACAGAAUGGUGAUAUUGAGCUAAAUCUACACACAAGUUUAUCUGUUGUUUUUGAUAAAUCAGUGGAAACAAGAAUUCCUGGCUCCUGCAACCCUGAUUCCGAUUAUAGCACAACAGCUUGUAUGUUUAACUACAUUCAUGAACAAACUGGAUGUGAGCUUGACUGGUUUACAGCUCCAAAAAAUGGAUUUCCACCAUGCACCCUUGUCGCCCAAAUACGUACUUAUGCCAAAAUAACAGCUCAGCUUCAAUCUAUCACCUAUUCGGAAAUAAAAGAUUUAACAGGUUGUCUUGUUCCAUGCACUCGUGAGAUUUGGACCACUGAAUUGAAGGAGGAGAAGAUAUAUUGGAAAACAAACUGGACCUCAGAGUUUGUUUUAAAAGCUAAAAGUGGUAGAACUGAGUUUAUCACAGAAACACUGGUUUAUGAUUUUUGGAGUUUGGUGAAUGGAGUUGGGGGUCUAAUGGGACUGGUGCUAGGAGUUUCUGCCCUGUCCCUCACCCAGACAUUUCUGGAUUUUAUAAUCAAUAAGUUUUCUGUUUGAAAAUUUCAUUACCAUUGACCAACUGACUUACCACUAAACUUUACUGUGGAACAAUUAGAUAGAUGUGUAAUUUCAAGUGACCUUCCAUUAAUAGAGAGGCAUGUUUGAUUAACAAGGGUACCCUGUAUUAGAGAUGUCAAUGUUUUACUUUCAUAUAAUUUCAGCUUCCAUUACAAUAGUGUUUAUCAAAUUCAAAACGUUUGAAACGUUACGCUGCAUGUUUGAAAUUUUAUGGCAUAGACCAACAUUGCCUUUAACAACAAUUUUCUUAUGUUCCACUUUCAUCAAAGGUAAAUGUUUUCAGAGACCUUAAGUUUCAAUUUCACUUGGUUUGAAAACAUAAAGUUGACAAACAUUUUGCAUUAAUAAAACAUCAUCCUCUAACCAAUUUCUCCUUUCCGUUAACCUUUCUCUUCUCAUUUCCUGUCCCUUAGCCUUCCUCUUUCCCCUUUCAAAUCCCCUUUCCCUUUUUUCCUCCCUCUUCCCAUAUCGAUUUCCCCUUUCUCUUUCUCUUUCUCUUUCCCAUUCCCUAUCCCUUCCCUUACAUCAAUCCCCUUUCCCAUUCCUUUUCGCUUCCCCCCAUUUCUUUACCCAUCCCUUUUCAAAUCUCCUUCCCUUUUCCCCCUUCCCAUUCCCCUUUUCCCUUCUUGUACAAAAUUAAGCAUGCAUCUUCUUGGAAACCAUAGACUUCACUGAUCAAGGAGGGAGGCCACUUUAGCCCCCCCCCCCCUCCUGUAUAUAUGCCUCUGCAAAUUAUGUGUAUUAAAUCUUAAUUUUCUAUUGUCAGCAAAUCCCUUUAAUUUAAAGCAGACAAUAAAAGGAAAAUUUAGAAAACAAAAUUUUAAGAAAAAGAUGAUAAAAAAAAAUUGAAAUCUGGCAGUGACAUCUUUCAGGGAGGUUCUCUUGAAAUAAAGUACUUUUAAUCCUGAACUUUAUAUUACUUUUUUGCACGCUAGUGUCCUAAUCAGUUGUACAUUAAAACAUUUAUCUAAAUAAACAUUAAAUU